UCCUAACCUACCCCUAGGGAUAAGAACAAGUCCUUGAUUGUCUACCUGCACUCAAAACUACGAGGGCAAAAAGUACGUUGAAAGAAAAUUUGCAAAGGAAAAACGUCACAAUAAAGAAUUAAUUCCAAUCCAUUGUGACGUAAACUGGCGAUGGAUGUUGAUCACACGCAGCGAGCAGACGUAAUCACAAGACGUUUCCCGGCAGAUUCUUAUCCCUAUAAAAGACGCGCGAAUCUCAAGCUCGCACAUUUCCACAAAAACGGGAGAAGUGCAAAGAGGAAUCAGACUCUAUACAUUCGCUUUUGUGUUUUAGUGCGUAAUCAGAAAGGAAGGAUAAUUAGGCGCACUCGAAAUCUACAUCUGAUGUGAAGUUGUUGACAGGAAGCCUCUAAUAUCAAAACAUAUAUCUCCUCCAGCGUUUCUCACAAACGAUUAAGCCGUGGUUUGUCAUUAUUUCUUCUCGUCUCCGCGGAGAAAAUUUCCAGAGAUGUCGGAAAUGGCCAAAUAUUUGAAGAAGCAACGGAUAAGUCUUCAUGAUAUAAUCUUCAAGAACCGGAAAUCGAGUCGAGAGGAGAUUAAGAGGGAAACGCCAGAGGAAAGAGUCGUCGUACAAGUGGUUGCAGAGAAAGGUGCAAUUGGCAUUAUUGGACAACAUUCACUGGGUGAAUCCAGGAAAUGCCCUUCACCUAAACCAGUGCGAUCUCUUGUCCAGGUGACCAGUUCUGCUCCAGACAACGUCUCUGCAGUCGAUCGGAAUGUAAGGGACGGGAUGCCCGUCUUUGGGCGAACGGUGAAGAGGACUCCCGUAGAUUCAGAGAGUUGUGAGAAUAGCUCAGGUUCUGAUAACAACGAGGGAUACCGAUACAAAUCAGAUUCGGAUUCUUCCGAUGAGAAUUACAUCAUAUCGAGAUAUUUCAGAAGUAUGGCUCUUUCCGAUGAAGAAGAACCCUCAUCGGGUACAAGAUUGGGUGUACCCGUCAUAGAAACCGGGAGCUCACGGUCGUUGUCGGCAAUUCCUUCGAUAGAUAUGCCGAAUGACACAUCGUUGUCGCGGUCGUGCUACGAGAUCUGUUCGAACAGAAUCCCAGGAACACCGUGCGGGAGUUCAUGUUCGAUGUCGUUCAAGCGCCAGAAGAAAGGAAAAUCAUCGAUGACGAAUUGGUCUAAUGCAGGCAGUGAGGGGGAUAUAACUGAAAUAAUCCCGCUCGGGUCGUCCACCGUGACAAGUAAGACGAAUCGAUCAUCGAAGCAGGAGACGCUGUCGCCGUUAAAUCUCAGUCAUUUUGAAACGACACCACGCAGUUCUUCAGUCAAGUCCAUCAACAGAGAACCGAGUUCUCUCCACGUCUCUCCGAGCCGUUCACCAAACCUUUCUGGUGAUCCGACGACAUCGCCAUCAUCAGUGAUGUCUGGGGACACCUUACCGCCUGCUCCGUCGCCAUUCUCCUCCUACGAUGUUGCCAACCAUCGCUCGCUUCGUCCUGGUAGCGCGGUCAUGCUCCCUCACUGGGAAUCAAAUCUACUUCCCAUCCGACCAUCGUCCUCCAAUCCCGCCAUCAACAAGUCCUCGGAAUACCAGACCAUUCCAUCUCACCCGCUCCGGCCCGUCCAGCUGAGCCCGUUAACGAGAUCAAACCCAAACCUCUGUGUCUACUCGCCGUCCGGAUCUUCAAGGUCGUUGUCGCCAUCGUCUGCCUUUGGGACAUCGCCAUCGACAUCACCAAGGCUUCUGAGUCCCUUACCGAUCCCCAUCCCGCCUUCAUCACCCCGCCCAACGUCCCAAUACAGACGCGCACCACGGGUGAAAAAGACGAAGACCAAAUUCCAACAGAACUUUGACAACUUGUGAUAAUAAUACAGAAGCCAAGGGAGGAGGCGCCGUCAUUCCAAGGUGGACGCCACAUUCUUCUAGAAAACACUUUGAAAAUGUUGUUUUCCUGAUCGAGGGGACGCAAUAGGCAAACUUUCAACAGCCAUAUGUGAGCACGGUGCGUGGAAAAAAAAUGUGUAUUUAUUUCGCCCUAUUAUGAAAAUACGAUGUUUGAGACAAUAUUUAGGGUGGGGAAGCAUGUGAAAGCUAUUUAUUCUGGGUACUAUGAGAUAAAGCUAGUUUACUUGUUUGGUGUUCUUAUUUCAAAAUCCAUGGA